AGCGCGCGGGCAGAUUAACGCAGGAUUUGAGCACCUAAGUACGGGAAACUGCUGAUCACCGUAUGAACGUGCGCUGGAACCUUUUCAUUUAAUUGCUAAAUGGAUCAAUGAAUCGCAAUUCUUGUUUUUGCCUGGCUGUCCUUUUAAAGUAAAAAGAAGAUGGACUGAAGCAAAACGUAUAACCUACUCGAUUGAUCUGUGUUUUAUUUGGCAGUGCUUUAAUGAUUUUCUAAUGUUUCUGAAAGAUGUUUGCCAAGAGUCACAAUUAUGAGCUGUCAAACUAUUAAUCAUAAUAAUAGUGUCUGUGCCUUUUAAAUGUUAAACAUAACUGACUAGAAACUAAGGGGAUCAAUUGAACAGCUUUCUAACUUGUACCUACUAAGCAAAAGGUCAUUUUAUGAGCUUAGCUGCGGCCGUCUGUCAAUGUCAGCACCGUUUUGUUUCGUGCCCUUCGACAUCAUUUAAAAAGGUUACAAAAUAGCUACAUUGUCGUUUUGCUGAUCAUGAGAAAAUCGUUUUUCAAACGAGCAAAGGUAUUGCCUUGGCUCAGUAAUGUGACUUUGUACGGAUGCUUGUUCGCUGGAGGGGAUUUUGUCCAUCAGUGCAUCGCGCAGAGAGAUGAAAUGGACUGGAAACACACGAGAAACGUGGCGAUUGUGGCUCUGAGUUUCCACGGUAACUUCAAUUACUUCUGGCUACGAGUCUUAGAACAUCGUUUCCCGGGAAGAUCGGCUGGUAUGAUUUUCCGCAAACUGCUUUUGGACCAAACUUUUGCUUCACCUUUGGCGACCAGUGUCUUCUACACAGGUGUGAGUUUCUUGGAGGGUAAAGAGGACAUAUAUGCUGACUGGCGAGAAAAGUUUUUUAAUACAUACAAGACUGGACUGAUGUACUGGCCAUUCAUGCAGUUUUUGAAUUUUGUUCUGAUGCCUCUUUAUCUGAGGACAGCGUUUAUGGGCUGUUCAGCAUUUCUGUGGGCCACGUUCUUAUGUGUCUCACGACAGAGUGGGGAUGGGACAGCAGCAGUGGCCUUAGCUUGGGUCAUGGCCCCCAAAAAACGGCUUCUAUCUCGCAGUAACGACGAGGAGAAGUAGAAAUACAGUGGCGCACAUGAACAACUUUGUGCCUUUGCGGAUGGACAUUUCUGUCCCACAAUGGUACUGUAUUGAGGCUGUUUAUUAAUCUUGUCACUUAUGAUCUUAUUAAAAGUGAUAUUAAAUUAACUUAUAAUUAACGUG